UUCAAAAUAAGAGUUUAAAGUCCUCCGCGCUUCGCUUCGCUUCGCCUGUUCGCUUCGCUUCGCCUCCCCUCUCUCCUCCUCCGGUUGCGCAUUUCCGCUGAACAUCACGUCACUUCUGGAUGUCAAUAUGCGGCUCGGUGCGGCGGCGCUGGGAAACGGAACCACUGGGAAGAUGUAAACCGAGUAACCAGCCGAAGACAAGCCUCGACGAAGACGCUAAACCGCUACACACACCGGGGGCACGCCUCGGUACCUCGGUAACCACAGUAACCACGGUAGCCCGGCAGUUCGGCUGAAGCUCCGAAGCAGCAACCGGAGAGCAGUUGCCUUUAAAUAAAGCAGCCAUCUUUUGUGGGAGAAUGUCCUGGGCGACGCGGCGGGCCUGCUCCGGCUCCGGCUCUCUCUCUGUCUCUGGACCUGUCUCUGGUUCUGUCCGGAGCCUGCUGAUGCUGCUGACCACCGCGCUCCUGCUGUCGGUCACCGGGCUGCUCUCCGAGGCGAAGGAAUGCGACAAACCGUGUAUGAACGGGCAGUGCAACGCCGCCACCGGACACUGUGUGUGUUUCCCCGGCUGGGUCGGGGACCAAUGCCAGCACUGCGGAGGACGGUUCAGGUUGACGGGGCCCUCUGGUCAGCUGACUGACGGUCCAGGAAACUACAAGUACAAGACCAAGUGCACCUGGCUGAUCGAGGGACAGCCCAACACUAUACUCCGAUUACGGUUCAACCACUUUGCCACUGAGUGCAGCUGGGACCACCUUUACGUGUACGACGGAGACUCUAUUUACGCCCCCCUCCUCGCUGCCUUCAGUGGUCUGAUUGUUCCUGAGCGUUAUGGGAAUGAGACGGUUCCUGAGGUGGUGUCUCAGUCCGGUUAUGCCCUGCUGCACUUCUUCAGUGAUGCCGCCUACAACCUGACCGGCUUCAACAUUUCCUACAGGGUGAACACAUGUCCCAACAACUGCUCCGGCCGUGGCGAGUGUCGCGUGAGGAACUCCACCGGUUCGGUGUACUGCGAUUGCGAAGACAACUGGAAGGGGGGAGCCUGCGACGUCCCCUACUGCAUGGCCGACUGCGGCUACCCCGAGAGAGGCCGCUGCCAGGGCAAGACCUGCGUCUGCAAGACUGGAUGGCAAGGUCCAGACUGCCUCGUCUCAGUGCCUGCCAACUCCUCCUUCUGGACCCGGGAGGAGUACACCGAGGCCGGGCUGGCGAGGGCGUCCCACAAGGCCGUGGUGGACCAGGGCAUCAUGUGGGUCAUCGGAGGCUACGUCUUCAACGCCUCCGACUACAACAUGGUCAAAGCGUUUAACCUCAGCAGCAAGAGCUGGCUGACCCUUGACCCCUCCGUCCACACCGUCACGCCACGAUACGGCCACUCACUGGGUCUUCAUGAGGGGAAGAUCUACAUGUACGGAGGAAAGAUCGACUCCACGGGAAACGUGUCCAGCCAGCUGUGGGUUUUCCACAUCCAGAACCAGACCUGGGUCCUCCUGAGCCCGCGGCCCAAGGAGCAGUAUGCCGUGGUGGGACACUCGGCCCACAUCGUGCCUCCCCUCCAGGAGGGGGAUGGUCCCAUCAUGCUGGUUAUGUUCGGACACUGUCCUCUGUACGGUUACAUCAGCCGGGUGCAGGAGUACAACAUCGUCAGGAACACAUGGAACAUGGUGUCCACGGACGGCGCUCUAGUCCAGGGCGGCUACGGCCACAGCAGCGUCUUCGACCCGAGCACCAGAGCCAUCUACAUCCACGGAGGCUACAAGGCCUUCAGCGCCAACAAGUACGGCCUCGCUGGAGACCUCUACAAGUUCGACGUGGACAAGAGGAAGUGGACGAUUCUGAGAGACAGCGGCUUUUUCCGUUACCUCCACACAGCGGUGAUAGUGAGCGGGACCAUGCUGGUGUUUGGAGGAAACACACACAACGACACGUCCAUGAGUCACGGAGCCAAGUGCUUCUCCUCCGACUUCCUGGCCUACACUCUGGCAUGUGAUGAGUGGACGGUGUUGCCUCGACCGGACCUCUACCACGACGUCAACCGCUUCGGACACUCGGCAGUCUUCAGUGACAGUGCGAUGUACGUGUUCGGCGGCUUCAACAGCCUCCUGCUCAGCGACGUCCUCAUGUACACCUCGCCGAGCUGCGCCGCCUUCUCCAGCCCGGCGUCCUGCAGCCAGGCCUGGCCGGGGAUCUACUGCGUCUGGAACAGCACCCAGGGGACCUGCCUGCCCUGGGAGAGCAACGCUAUCGGAAGCGAACAGCCGCCGCAGCUACCGGCCUCCUGCAACACACGCUCAUAUGCAGAUAACGAGCGGUGUGACCAGUACACAGACUGCUACAGCUGCACUGCCAACACCAACGGCUGCCAGUGGUGUUCAGGCCAGUGUGUGUCUCUGGGAAGCAACUGCACCUCGACCACGGGGGCCAUUGGGGAGUUUGAAGUUUGCCCCAAGGACAACCCCUCAUACGUGUGCAACAAGAAAACCAGCUGCAAGAGCUGUGCUGUGGACCAGAACUGUCAGUGGGAACCUCGAAACCAGGAGUGCAUCUCACUGCCAGAAAACGUGUGCGGUGAAAGCUGGCAUCUGGUGGGCAACUCCUGUCUGAAGUUCAUCACGGCGAAGGACUCGUACGACAACGCCAAGCUGGCCUGCAGGAGCCACAACGCCGUCCUGGCCUCGCUGACCACGCAGAAGAAGGUGGACUUUGUCCUGAAGGAGCUGCAGAUUAUGAGCGUGGUGUACAAGGCCACAGUGACGCCCUGGGUGGGGCUCAGGAAAAUCAACGUGUCGUACUGGUGCUGGGAGGACAUGUCGCCCUUCACCAACACCACCCUGCAGUGGCUGCCCGGCGAGCCCAGCGACGCCGGCUUCUGCGGCUACCUGGCCGAGCCGGCGUCCAGCGGACUGAAAGCGCAAACCUGCAUCAACCCCGUCAACGGCAGCCUGUGUGAACGGCCAGCUAACCACAGUGCCAAGCAGUGCCGGACGCCGUGCGCCAUGAGAACCACCUGCAGCGAAUGCACCAGCAGCAGCUCCGAGUGCAUGUGGUGCAGCAACAUGAAGCAGUGCGUCGACUCCAACGCCUACGUGGCCUCCUUCCCCUUCGGACAGUGUAUGGAGUGGUACACCAUGAACACGUGUCCACCGGAGAACUGCUCCGGGUACAGAACAUGCGGCCAGUGUCUGGACCAGCCGGGCUGCGGUUGGUGCACCGACCCGAGCAACACGGGCAAAGGCCAGUGCAUCGAGGGCUCGUACCGCGGGCCCUUCCAGACCUCAGUCCCGGCCCCGUCCACGCUCCCCGGCCUGCCCGCCAGUCCCCAGCCGGCCCUCAACGCCAGCAUGUGUCCCAGCGAGGCCAAAUACAACUGGUCCUUCAUCCACUGCCCAGCUUGUCAGUGUAACGGUCACAGCCAGUGUGUCAACGAGAGCGUGUGCGAGAAGUGCGAGGACCUGACGACCGGCCGUCACUGCGAGAGCUGCAUCUCCGGCUUUUACGGAGAUCCGACCAACGGGGGCAGCUGCCAGCCCUGCAAGUGUAACGGCCACGCCAGCAUGUGCAACCCCAACAACGGCAAGUGCUUCUGCACCACUAAAGGCAUCAAAGGAGAUCGCUGCCACCUGUGUGAAGUCGAGAAUCGUUACCAAGGCAACCCGCUCAAAGGCACAUGCUAUUACACGCUCCUCAUCGACUACCAGUUCACCUUCAGCCUGUCGCAGGAGGACGACCGCUACUACACCGCCAUCAACUUCGUGGCCACACCUGAGGAGCCAAACCGGGAUCUCGACAUGUUCAUAAAUGCCUCAAAGAACUUCAACCUGAACAUAACCUGGGCCACCAGCUUCACCGCAGGCACUCAGACCGGUGAGGAGAUCCCCAUCGUCUCUCGGAGCAACAUCAAGGAGUUCAAGGACAGCUUCUCCAACGAGAACUUUGAUUUCCGCAACAGCCCGAACAUAACCUUCUUCGUCUACGUCAGCAACUUCACGUGGCCCAUCAAGAUACAGAUCGCCUUCUCGCAGCACAGUAACUUCAUGGAUCUGGUGCAGUUCUUUGUCACGUUCUUCAGCUGCUUCCUGUCCCUGCUCCUCGUGGCCGCCGUGGUUUGGAAGAUCAAACAAAGCUGCUGGGCGUCACGGCGACGAGAGGUUAGAGCAGCCACACGGCCCGCGUGAGAUGUCGAGGUCUCGCCUUUUUUUGACGCGAGCCGCGCACGAUUCAACAGACAGUGAAGGUGAUCUAUUGACUGUAUAUUGACAUCAUAUCAGCAACAUUACUACAGUUCCGAUGUCUUUAUCUGUAAAAAAUGUUACGGCGAUGAAAAAAAGUAAAGACUUAUUUUUAAAUCAAAACUUUCAUUUCAAAAUAAAAGCCCUCGACUGUUUUUUCUAUGGACAGAAUUCCUUCAUUUGUAAACACGAGGCUUUUGGCUUGACGAUUUAUCCGCCACCGCCAACGAUUUACCCGCAUUUGGCGGGUGGCGGGUGCUAAUUUCAGACCCUGGUGGAAACUACUAAAAGUCACUGAGUGCAUUGCAAUACUCACUCCCUGAAAAAAAAAGACGAAAUGCAUUUUCAUAGUGUGUUUCCUGAAGGGUUUGAACCACCUUUUGAAUGAGUGGCUGAAAGGUUGUGUGCAUGUGGGAGUGUGUUUCUCUCUCUCUGUAUGUGUGUGUAUAUGUGCGUGUGUGUGUGUGUCUCUGGCAGUGUCUGAGGGCAAUCCGAGCUAUUGUUGUGCUUAAUGUGAACUUUUGGUUUGUGCUUUUCACACUCGGUGCGCCGGCUGAAGUGCCUUUCGGCUGUAACCUCGCCCGAGAGUGCUGUCAUCACCCUCACCUCCGGAUGCCUCUUAACAUCCUCCCCCUUCACCUGCUCCCACUCCGCCCUCUCUCCAUCACACAACCACUGUUGUCCAGCUGGACCCUCUUCAGGCUAGCCUUUAAACAAAAUUAGCACUGGACCUUUGUUGAGAGGGAUGGGGCGGCUACAGGAAACUGUGAGGCCAAUAUUAAACGCCCCAACAGCAGGGUUUGCUAAAAUGCCUUUCAUGGAAUCAGCUUGGUCUCCCCUAAAGAUGGCAAAAAGCAGAUAUAUAAGAGAGAAUUAGUGAAAUUGACUCGAAUUUCAGACUCGAAAUAAGGUCCCAUGGUGGUCCACCGGAAGGGGCGUGACUUCGCCUCUCUUUACCGUCUGAUAACGCACAUUUAAUGAGCUGAUAACAGUGGAAUCAGGUGCCUGAGGCAACAAGUCCUGUCCUAAAAUCUGGACCAAAAAAUGCAAAAGUAAUAAUGAAGGAGUUUCUAAAUAAUAAAAGAAGAGUAAUGUAGGUCCAUCUGAGUCCUGGAUGUAAAGUAGGCACGGGGCCAACACUUGUGAAAAGAUGUGGGGGGGGCUGAGAGAAAGCAGAUACCAUAUUAGAUAUAUAGUGAGCACCUCCUAUCACAGAUGUCGAGUUGAAUUAGGGCUGUGAUUCCUUUAGAAAUACUCAGCAGUAGCGUUUGGCCUCCCACGUCCGCCUCCCUCCACACACACUGGAGAAAAAAAAGUCUGUUUUCUGUAUGCAUGAAGAAUUAUGUUUGGAUAUAACACUUUUCAUAGUCUACUGCAGGAUUUCCUCAUAACUUGAGCUGUUGAAAAGUGUUGUUUUACUGCUGCAAAAUUCAUACAAAAUACACUUUCAUCAUCUCUCACACAUACAGUUCUUGCAACUGAGAGUGAUGUGAUAUACUGUGAGUAUAAUAAAUAGAGGAGACACAACACCAACCGAACAACAUUACAGAUCAAGAAAGGAGCUUGUAAUUGUGCCACUGAGACUGUGUAGGAAUCUCAUUUCUAGUUUGAGCUUUAACUAUAAUUACCAUGUCCUACUCAUGCAGAAAGGCACACAGUUACACAUAGCAGCCCUGCCUUCAUGCAUACGCAUGUACAGCUUAAACACAUCCUGACACAUCAUUUUCGGCAAACAGAAAGCUAAUCAUGUUUUUCCAACGAGGCCAACUCUCUCGUUACAGCCGUCUGCUUCUCUCGACACCGGGACCGUUCGCUUUCUUUUCAGCGCUGUCCCUUCAGGCUUCGUUCCCACAUUCAUCCCGGAUUCCUCCAUGUUACUCGGUGCUUGCAUCAGCCAAACGGUGACACACAUUUUGCAGCUAAUUAUGCCCACAUUCACCUCACUCAGGCCCGAUGCAGUGAGAAAUGGUGUCCGUUGCAUUUUAUGUGGUCGUUGCAUGGUCACGGGGACUUUAAGGCCGUGGCCCUGAUCCUUGUACUUCUUACUCCUGGCUGCUUGUCAUCUGACUGUAAGGAGUUUAAGCUUAUUGUGCUGUCACAGUCAUUGUAAGUCGCUCUGGAUAACAGUGUUAGCUCAAGCCCUAAAAUGUAAAUGUCACUGUGAGCUCUUUUUAAGAAAGGCAGUAGAAAAACGGCUUGAAAUAAAGUUUUUGGGACUUUUUUUUUACAUCGCCCAAACGUUUUUCUUGAAUUUCUUUCUUGAAAAAAUAAAUAUAUUCUAACUCUUGCUACAGUCAGUAACUGCAGAUAUGAAUGAUUUAUGGAUUAUUGUCUUUGAAAAUUAAAAUGCAUACGAGUACAAAUGAAAAAGUAGGCAUCAAAUUAAAACUGUCUGUAGUAUUGGUGGUUCCAUAUCAUAAUUAAGUUAUAUGGUAAGAAGGGCUGUCAAUGGAUUAAAGCACUUAAUUCAUCCAUUUAAUGUCCAUAUUUAAUCGCAAAUUAAUUGCACAUCCUU